GUCGGGCAGUCUCCACGGCCAUGUGAUCCUGGGGCUGCCGGGACAGUUGGGGCAAGCGGGGGUCGCGGGCGUCCCUGGGCGGGGGUGACAUGGAGCGGAGGUGGGUCUUCGUGCUGCUGGACGUGCUGUGCGUGUUGGUUGCCUCUCUGCCUUUCAUCAUUCUGACUCUGGUGAAUGCACCAUAUAAGAGAGGGUUCUACUGUGGAGACGACUCCAUCCGCUACCCAUACCGUCCAGACACAAUCACCCAUGGACUCAUGGCUGGGGUCAUCAUCACAGCUACUGUCGUCCUUGUCUCAUCGGGGGAGGCCUACCUGGUGUACACAGACCGUCUCUAUUCGCGCUCUGACUUCAACAACUAUGUGGCUGCCAUCUACAAGGUUCUGGGAACCUUUCUGUUCGGGGCCGCUGUGAGCCAGUCUCUGACUGACCUGGCCAAGUACAUGAUUGGCCGUCUUCGACCCAGUUUCUUGGCUGUGUGUGACCCUGACUGGAGCCGGGUCAACUGCUCUGGCUACGUGCAGGUGGAGGUGUGCAGGGGCAGCCCUGCUAAUGUCACCGAGGCCAGGCUGUCCUUCUACUCUGGCCACUCCUCCUUUGGCAUGUACUGCAUGUUGUUCCUGGCGCUCUACGUGCAGGCCCGGCUCUGCUGGAAGUGGGCACGGCUGCUAAGGCCCACCGUUCAGUUCUUCUUGGUGGCCUUUGCCAUCUAUGUGGGCUAUACCCGAGUGUCUGACAACAAGCACCACUGGAGUGAUGUCCUUGUUGGCCUCCUGCAGGGAGCCUUGGUGGCUUGCCUCACGGUCUGCUACGUUUCAGAUUUCUUCAAAUCUCGGCCACCCCAGUCUUGCCAGGAGAAUGAAGAGUCGGAGCGUAAGCCCAGUCUGUCACUGACGUUGACCCUCGGUGACCGACCCUAACUGCUAUGCUUCGGAAGCUGGGAAGCCACCUGUGGGCCAGUCACGUGUUGGCCCCUUGUCCCUGAUCAGGCACUGCUGGCUUUGGAGCUGCCCUAGGGUCCUGGCUGGUGACUGUGGACCAGGGUCUUGGUGCCUGUCUGGCUCUGAGUGUGGGCAGGGCCCGUCCUCAUUGUUCCUUGACUCCAUGGCCUCCAAAGAUGCGGUCCUGCUCUGAGGGCGCCAUGUCCCAUCACCAAUGGGAUUUCGAGGAAUGCCAUCCCAGCAUGGCCCCAGGAAUGGUUGGUCCGAGACUGUUCAUGAAGUCAGCACCCUCCUUGAUGGCCCUCAGGGAGUGAAUACCUUGUUUGCCUGAGUGGGGCGGUUGGCCUUGGCCUUGGCCUUGGGCAAGGAUCACAAGUGUGAAGAUGGCUGCCAACCCUUGGGCUGCCUAGGAGUCUGGGUUGCCUGGAAGGUCACGUGUAGCUUUUGGUCUGAAUCUUUUUCUCAAGCCUGCAUAAGAUUACUGCCUGAGGCCUCCAAGCCCCUCCCUCAGGAUUGAUGUCGUAUCCUGUCCCCACUUUGUCCAUAUGGACCAAAUGUGUAGCCAGGCAUUGGAAGUCCUGGAUCUGCCAUCCCCAUCUGUUUCAAAACACUUCAAGCUACUGUUUCAUGGGAAAGGUGUGUUAUAAACUUUGUACCAAGU